CUCACAUUCCUGGCUCUUGGGAUACAAAAUCUUAUCGAUAGGAAGCCUGCUGAAGCCAGACGAAGAAGAGAGAGAUGAGGAAGGAGAGCUUGGCCUUGUUGGCGACCCUCGUGCUGCUGCUGCCAACCGCGGAAUCCAACCUCAGCAGGGAUGACUUCCCUCCGGGCUUCAUCUUUGGAGCAGGAACUUCGGCUUACCAGGUGGAGGGUGCUGCUGCUGAGGAUGGUAGGACUCCAAGUAUAUGGGAUACGUAUACUCGUGCAGUAUCAAAAUGAAGUUUCUCUUCACCCGUCAAGGAGAAAUAUAAAGUUCUUAAAGGUACUCUGCAAUUGGAAGACCAAAUCACCGAUCAAUUCAGAAAAUACUCUAAUGAAUUCAUCAGGGGGAAUGCUGGACAAUAGCACAGGAGAUGUGACUUCCGAUCAAUACCACAAAUAUAAGGAAGACGUGAAGCUAAUGGUUGAUACAGGACUCGACUCCUACAGAUUCUCCAUCUCUUGGUCGAGGCUUCUACCGAAUGGAAGAGGAGCCAUUAAUCCGAAAGGCUUGGCUUACUACAACAAUCUCAUCGAUGAGCUACUGAGAUAUGGAAUAACGCCACAUGUGACAAUCUAUCAUUAUGAUCUUCCACAAGUACUUGAAGACGAGUACGAAGGAUGGCUGAGCCAUAAAAUUGUGGAGGACUUCACAGCAUUUGCCGAUGUCUGCUUCAGAGAAUUCGGCGAUAGGGUGUCUCAGUGGACCACCAUCGUCGAACCUAAUGUAAUGGCGAUAGGGUCAUUCGACAAUGCAAUAUUUCCACCUGGCCGAUGUUCUAAUCCUUUCGGCUUAUUCAAUUGCACCGUCGGUGACUCCACCACCGAGCCGUAUACUGCAGUUCACAACUUCUUAUUGGCGCAUGCAUCUGUUGUCUCAUUGUACAGAACAAAGUAUCAAGCCAAACAAAAUGGGAGGAUAGGCUUGAAUGUGUACUCCAUGUGGUGUUAUCCAUCGACGAACUCAACAUUAGACUUGCAAGCAACCCAAAGAUUAUUGGACUUCUUCGUCGGCUGGAUCAUAAAUCCCCUGGUUUUUGGAGACUACCCAAAGGUCAUGAAGAAGAUUGUCCGCUCGAGGCUCCCUUCCUUCACGGAGGAGCAAUCGGAGCAACUAAAGGGUUCAUUCGACUUCAUCGGCCUGAAUCAUUAUUCGUCGAUCUGGGUCAAGGACAACUCCGAUGCCUCCGAGACUGCACCUCGUGAUUUCAACGCAGAUCUCUUUGCCAAAUUCGCUUUUUCAAAGAACGAUACACCAGGCAGUGAGUUAGUCCCUACUGACAUACCCUUCGAUCCUGCUGGCCUGCAACAUCUGUUGGAGUACAUCAGAGACGCUUAUGGAAAUCCUCCGGUUUAUAUCGAAGAAAAUGGUUAUGGGCUUGGAUUAAAUGGCACAAUCUCCGACGUCAAGAGGGCGAACUACUUGAGUGGUUACAUUGGCAGCACGCUCGAUGGUAUUAGGAAGGGAGCCAAUGUGAAAGGAUACUACGUGUGGUCAUUUCUAGAUGUCUUCGAGUUCUUGUCUGGGUUUCAGUCACCAUUCGGACUAUACCAUGUGGAUUUCAAAGAUGAAAACCGCAGAAGACAACCUAAGCUCUCUGCACUUUGGUACUCCGACUUCCUCAAGAAGAAGAAGAAGAAGACUAGCACGAAUAUAAACAUGAUGGGACUGCAUCAAAGAUCUCACUCUCAACGGUGACUCAUGUGAUGGUUAUCCUGUUGCUUUUGAUAAAGAGUGAAGUUGCAUCAUUGUUUCCUACAAUGUUCUCUCUUCGUCUUCGUCUUCGUCUUCGUCUUCGUCUCAUCUCCUCACAUAUCUUCAUUUGCUUACUAUAUAUGCUGCUUCGUGUCAUCCUCUCUAUUGUUACUUCUUCUUAUUUAUUUCGUUCUAUCAGUGUUGAAACUUUGAAUAUGAUGAUACCAAAUGGACUUCUUGAAGUAGAAUCAUUGGGUGACACUUUGAUGACUAA